UUUGUCUGGACAUAGUUUGUCCAUUCUGUGGGAAAAUGCAUUUUCGCGAUAGAUGAAUGUGAGUAUAAAAACCCAUCGCGGAAUGCAAUUCUGUCACAGUCGCUGCAAUUUUAGUGAAUACACUAUCUCGUACUCUACAAGUGAAAAAGUGAAGUUCUAGUGAAAAUGAGUGGUGGAAAUUUGAAAGUUGUGAUUGAACUUCUUGCCCAAGAGAAAUCAGAAAUUGAAUUACUCAAUUUCCUAUUCAAAGACAAAAAUGUGAUGGAGCUGGUUGACAUGCUGGCCAAAGGUGAUGAAGUAUUAUCUGCUGCAAUCUUGACAAAAAUGAAGUCUGAUAUGGAACAAGGGUUGGAACUACAGAUCAGUGAUAAGAAGAAGCUCGUGAAAAACUUAUGCGGACAACCGAUGACUGAGAGAUUAACGGAGCUGUUAAAUGAGAUUUUGUUCUUCACCAAGGGCAAUAAUCAACAUGUUCAGACUGGCGGUGGAAAUAUAGAUGAUAAUAUACUUGAAGCGGGGAUAUCUCAUAAUAUGACGGAACAGGGAGCUACAAACGGAGCACUUGAGACAGUUGCUGUUGAAGACGUCGCUGAAACUAAUACGGAGGAAAGGGAAUCUUCAGAACCCUUUGAAGAAGAUUUGGUUAAAUUUCUUCAAAAAACCAAGUCUUUCAGCAAGCGUUUUAACACCACCCAAGUUGAACUGAGUUUCCAACUAAAAUGUCCUACCUCAGAUACCUGUAUGGAUUGGCUGGAAAAGGCUUUCAGCAAGGUGAUUGCAACCGUCCAGGCGGAAGGAAAUCCAGGGGACAAAGUAAUCUUCGAAAUAUGUCUUAAAGGGGAUUCAACCAAUAAGCCCAUAUUUUUGGGACUACGUCCUCUGGGCUCUUUGACAGCAGAUGCUGUAUUUGCAGCCAUGGAAAAAGUACAUCAAAGUACAACAGUUUUCAGCGAAGCCGAUGUCCUAAGUGUUAGAGCAUAUUUGAUACAUCAAAUGGUAGGGCGUGGAAAACGUCAUUAUCCAGGAAGGAUGAAUCUGGCGGAGAUGAGGAGGUUCAAGCAGAAGAGCAUAAUAGAUAUCUCCGGAACAUCUAAUUGCCUACCAACAUCACUUUUUGUUGAUUCAAACUGCACUAAUUGCUCCCCCGUGGAACAUGUUUUUGAGAGCGACAGCAGCGGAUCAGCGGUAGCAAAAUUUUUGGAUUAUGUACUUACUUUUAGACCUAUGCCCACUGUUGCUAUCGCUCACAAUGCCAAAGGCUACGAUGGGCAGUUCAUACUCGAAGAGCUGUGCCAGAGGGAAGAGAAGAUCGAACCUGUUUUACAAGGUUGCAAAAUAUUAUUUGCAAAAGUUAAGGGGGUCACAUUUCUUGACUCUCUCUCCUUUAUUCCCUUCCCUCUGUCACAAUUCUCAAAGAGUUUUGGACUGCCCGAAUGCGAUAAGGGAUAUUAUCCCUAUAAAUUCAACACCAUGGAAAACCGCUCUUAUAUUGGACCUUAUCCUCCAAUUGAAAUGUACCCAAUCGAAUCUAUGACCUCCCAGCAAUAUACUGAGUUUCUAGAAUGGUAUGAGCAAGUCAAAGAACUCCCCUUUGACAACCGUAAAGAGCUCAUCCAUUACUGCCGCCAAGAUGUUAAAAUCCUCAUGAUGGGAUGCCUCAACUUUAUGCAUUCCUUCAUUGAAACUACAUCUUUGAAUCCAUUCUUGCAGGCUAUCACCAUAGCUGACGCUGUGAUGAAAGCCUACAGGAAAAAUUACCUUACUCCCAAUACCCUUGCUAUUACUCCCAAAAACAAUUAUAAUUCCAAUUUCCUUCAAAUGCAGAGCAAAAUUUCUUUGAAAUGGCUCGUGUAUAUGAAGGAAACUUCCCAUCCUAAUAUAAAGUAUGAGGUCAAAAUUCGCGGUUCUCGAUAUAUUGCUGAUGGAUAUGAUGAGGCCUCUAACACUGUGUAUAGUUUUGAGGGUUGUUUCUUCCAUGGGCAUACAUGCUUUUUAAAUAGAGGGCAUGCAUUCUCGAAAAAGCCCAAUGAUAACAUGCAGAGUCGUUAUGAGGCUACUCUAAAACGAUUGGAUCACAUUCGUCAAUUGGGGUAUAAUCUUGUUUCAAUAUGGGAGUGUGAAUUCCGUCGGAUGUUAGAAUCGGACCCUGUGCUUGCGGAGAGACUGAACAAUCAUCCUGAAGUCGUAGACUCGGGAUUUGAUUUGCGAUCAGCGGUUUACGGGGGCCGAACUGAGGUAUUCCGCACAUAUUACAAAUGUCGCCCCGGGGAUAAAAUUUAUUACUAUGACUUUACGUCUCUCUACCCGUGGGCGAACAAAUAUUCGAAGUAUUUUGUCGGGCACCCAAAAAUUAUCAAAGAUAUUCCAAGUCAGGAGGAAGUAUUGAAGCAUGACGGUGUGGUGAAAUGCACCAUUCUCCCACCAAAAGGCCUUUACAUCCCCUGUCUUCCCUUUAGGUGCAAUAACCGACUCUUCUUCCCUCUCUGUCGAAAAUGUGCGGAAGAUCUCAAUACUGAUCGAUGUCUCCAUUCAGACGAUGAGAGAUCCCUCACAGGAAUAUGGUCCAUUGAUGAAGUCCGUCUUGCAAUUGAUCAUGGAUACGUGAUCACCAAGUGCUUUGAAGUCUGGUCAUACAGAACUUCUCAAUACAAUCGCGAGACGGGUGAACGUGGACUAUUUGCUGAUUACGUCGAUAAUUUUCUCAAAAUUAAGCAGGAAGCUAGUGGAUGGCCCCCGGGAGUUGAAUCCGAGUCUGAUAAAGAUAAUUAUAUCCGCGAAUUCUUUGAAAAUGAGGGUAUACAGCUUGAUAAAGAAAACAUACGUGUUAACAAAG